AUGUCCGCGACCUUUGUGGCUCAGCGUUUGGAACGAACGCCGAUGAAGAGCGAGGCCCGGAAAUAUGGCAGCUGGGGCAAGGGCCCUGAUGUGCCACCUCCGCCAAGGGUGGAGUUGUUGGUUGAGCCCGCCAACACAAUCUUCUUGAGGAAGAUCAAGUGGGAGGUCCAGAGUCGAGGCAACGCGCCGUUCGCCAUCGAGCGCUGGCUGGCCAGCAUGCCCUCGCGUCACGUGCCCUAUGCCACCUUGGGUCACCAUGUCAUCGGUGAGCCUGGAUCCACGCCUCCUGCACUGGAGGAGCGCCCCUCGUCCUCGUGCCCCUCGUCCUCGCCGGCGGACUGUCCUGCGUGGCGGCCGCGGAGAGGGAUGGACUUAGCAGCCUUGGUGCAGAGGUCGCGCGAGGAGCACACCCAAGAGCGUGUUCGGAGCGCCCUUUGGGCGCGGACGGAGGCCAGGAUGAUGCGACCUAUCUCCACAGGAGAUUUGAGGACCUGA